GGGUGCUUCGUUCCCACCCAACCAGCGGAGAAGAAAAGAGCAGGUGAGAGGAUGUUCGGAUGCUGCUUGCGUUACUAAACCGAUGAUAUUCAGCAAACAGAUACCUCAUGCACGGCGAAACGGGAGGUUACUGGCGACAGGUAGCGAGAGCACGUCGUGACAGUUGGGUUUAUGCACGGUGGUCACUUUCCGGACUGUUUUAUUCUUCAUAGACAGCAGGCGUCGAGAGAGGGCAGUAAGUCAGUGUUGGAGGUCUGUCCUGACUGAAGAGGAGACCCACUACACACACAAUCACAUCAUCAGCUUUUAAAUACACACACAUUCAUCAUAAUGGGAGGUGUAUGAUGACUGAAGCUGCAGGGCUAUGGCCAGCGAACCCCUCGAAGGCUUCCAUGAGGUCAACUUGGCGUCACCCACCACCCCUGACCUCCACGGAUUGACCUCCGACACCAGACCCCAAUGUCACAGCGCCCCUUCCAGCGCUCUGUACCGUACACCCUCCCUCAGCUCCAGCCCCUGCCCCCCCAAUGCCCUACGAGCCGACCAGCUGCCCACCCAGCCCAUCUACUCUGCCCCUAGGCUACUGGGCAGCACAGAACCCCACAAUGGAAGUCGUUCCGGGUUGGAACCCCCCGUCCGGUCAGAGGCGGAGUCAGCAGAGGGGGUAUUCCUGGCUGGAGAGGAAGGGGAGGAGUCUCUGAGUCUGACCAAUGACAGCCUGUCCCGCCUCCACAGCCCCUCAGUCAUGGAGAUCAGAGAGAAAGCCAAUGAGAGACUGAAGGAGGAGCUAGCCAAGGCACAGAGGGAUGUUAAGUUGAAAGACGAGGAGUGUGAAAGGCUUUCUAAAGUCAGGGACCAACUGGGCCAGGAAUUGGAGGAGCUCACUGCUAGCCUGUUUGAGGAAGCUCACAAGAUGGUGCGUGAGGCCAACAUCAAACAGUCGACGGCUGAGAAGCAGCUGAAGGAAGCUCUGAACAAGAUUGAUGUGCUCCAGGCAGAGGUGUCGGCCCUGAAGACCUUGGUCCUGUCCACAUCCCCCACCUCCCCCUGUCACGACCUUCCUGGGGGCUCCAAGGCUCCCUUCAAGAAGGGUCACGGCCGCAACAAGAGUACCAGCAGCGCCAUGCUGGGCAGCGGGCAGGAACUGAGCGGCACACAGCCCAUCGUACGAGACUGCAGAGAGCUGGACAGUCUCCUGUUUAGUGAGUUUAAGUUGUGGAAGGAGGAGCCCAGUCUGGAGAGGAACAGCUCCUUCCUGGAGAGAGUCUACAGAGAGGACAUCUACCCCUGUCUCACCUUCUCCAAGAGUGAGCUGGGGUCGGCCAUCUUGGAGGCAGUGGAGAGGAACACACUCAGUGUGGAGCCGGUGGGCUUCCAGACGCUGCCUGUCGUCAAGGCCUCUGCUGUGGAGUGUGGAGGACCAAAAAAGUGUGCCCUUAGUGGCCAGACCAAAACCUGCAAGCACAGAAUCAAGUUUGGUGAUUCCAGCAACUAUUACUACGUGUCUCCUUUCUGUCGUUAUCGGAUCACGUCAGUUUGUAACUUCUUUACCUACAUCCGCUACAUCCACCAAGGGCUGGUCAAGCUGCAGGACGCAGAACAGAUGUUCUGGGAAGUGAUGCAGUUGAGGAAAGAGAUGAGUUUUGCUAAGCUGGGCUACUACAAGGAGGAACUGUGACCAACCAAUCACGAUACAGAACAGAGGGAUGCGUGUCUGAAUCUCAACCUAUCAUCAGAUGCACUCCCGUGAUGGACAGGAUAGCUCUCCAUUGAUCCUACCCUCCUGGCUCUCAGAAGGAAGAAGGACCGCCCCCAACGCUCCUCAUCGCCACCCCCUUCCAAUCUCUCAUCCAAUCACGUGUCAUUUCAGGAGAGUCCUCCCAUCCUCUGUCUUCAAUACCUACAAGUAUAUGACUUAAAAUGCAUGCCCCUUACAUCCUGGUCUACCAAUAACAGUGAGUAGUUAAUCAGGGUAUAAGGGGAUUGGUAGUUCAGACUGACUGGUCUACCAAUAACAGUGAGUAGUUAAUCAGGGUGUAAGGGGAUUGGUAGUUCAGACUGACUGGUCUACCAAUAACAGUGAGUAGUUAUUCAGGAAGGGGAUUGGUAGUUCAGACUGACUGGUCUACCAAUAACAGUGAGUAGUUAUUCAGGAAGGGGAUUGGUAGGUCAGACUGACUGGUCUACCAAUAACAGUGAGUAGUUAUUCAGGAAGGGGAUUGGUAGUUCAGACUGACUGGUCUACCAAUAACAGUGAGUAGUUAUUCAGGAAGGGGAUUGGUAGUUCAGACUGACUGGUCUACCAAUAACAGUGAGUAGUUAUUCAGGAAGGGGAUUGGUAGGUCAGACUGACUGGUCUACCAAUAACAGUGAGUAGUUAUUCAGGAAGGGGAUUGGUAGUUCAGACUGACUGGUCUACCAAUAACAGUGAGUAGUUAUUCAGGAAGGGGAUUGG